AUGGUGCGCCAAACACCAGCCCGCUCCACGCGGAGCAGGGCGACCCCCUCCGGUCAACUUAAACGCCAGAGACAUACAGAUGAUCCUGCUACAGAUGUCUAUCAAGAACUGUUGGAGGAGGCUGAAGCUAGGGACCCCGAGCAAUUUGCCUCGGACAGACCAAUCAAGAGGCGCAAGGCUGGGCAUAUGAAAGCGAUCCCCGUGGGAUUAGGUGUCUCGGAACAAACGCAUCGGGAUGCAGAAGCAAAUAAGGAUAGCACCCAACCAGUGCAAACGGUUUACGAUUCGUCGACAUCAGAAGAGUCAGAUGUUGACUGGGAAGAUGUUGAAUUACAGCAGCCGUCUCAGUCCUUGGUGGAUAGACGCUUCGCGUCUCAGGACGGCGACGAGAUGCUCCAGAUCACACUAGAGCAGGAACCCGAGACGCACAAAAGAGCAGUCCAAAGAAGGAAGCCCUUGAAUGGAGCCGAGAGAAAAGCCAGAUUGGAUGUGCACAAAUGUCAUGUUCUUUGCCUCCUAGGCCACGUUCAGUUGCGCAACAUAUGGUGCAACGACGAGGAAUUACAGGAGUUUCUCAAGAAGACGCUGCCUAGAAAAGUAAUUGCUCUUCUUCACCCAGAUGAGGGUAAACCACGUCAUAGCAGAUCCACCACGUUUAUGGACGGUCUCAACCAGGCUGCAGAUGUCUUUACACGCAGAUUUCGGGUUACAAAACCAGGAAUGAAACGGGCCCACUGGGCUGAAGAUGAAUCGCAAUUGAAGCAGAAAUUGGAGUCCAUCAUGGCGAAUGCUGAGGUCUUCUUAUCCAAAGGAGAUUUCCGAACCCAAGCGAAGACAAUGGAAGGAUCCCGAGAUUUCGGGGCCCAGCUAUUCUGUGCCCUGUUGCGGUCUGUAGCCGUAGAGGCGAGACUUGUAUGCUCAUUGCAACCUUUGCCAUUUUCUGGCACUGUGAAAGACAUGACGCCGUCUAAACCGAAGAAUCAAUAUAUCGUGAUAUCCUCAGAUGACCCUGGAUCCUCAACAGAUGAACCCAAUAAGAGUGAAAAAUCACCUACAGCUUCAAGGCCUCGACGGAUUGGACAGCCCAAAUUCACACCCUCGCCCCCGAUCCCGACCCCGCGAGAGUCGUCAUUUCCGGUAUUCUGGGUGGAAGCUUUCAACAACGCUGCACAAAAAUGGGUUCCAAUUGACCCUGUCGUAACGAAAUCCCUUGCUAAACCUUCGAAAUUUGAACCGCCAGCGAGCGAUCCGUUAAACUUGAUGAAUUAUGUGGUUGCUUUCGAGGAUGACGCCUCCGCAAGAGACGUCACUCGUCGCUAUGUAAAAGCGUUUAAUGCAAAGACGCGGAAACUCCGCGUGGAAGUCACACGGAAUGGCGAGGAGUGGUGGGAUAAGGCACUAAAGGCCUAUGAAAAGCCUUUCUUCGAGGACCGGGAUGAAGCAGAGAUUAGUGAACUAACAUCCAAAUCGGCGGCCGAGCCCAUGCCACGCAAUAUACAGGACUUCAAGGACCAUCCCGUCUAUGCGAUUGAGCGACACGUCCGUCGCAGUGAAGUGAUCCAUCCCAAACGAAUCAUUGGGCACGUGGGGUUAGGAAAAAGCACAGCACGGAGUGAGAUAUCAGAACCCGUUUAUCGUCGGUCUGACCUGCAUAUUGUGCGAAGCUCCGAUAAAUGGUAUCGCCUUGGGCGGGAUGUCAGAGUGGGCGAGCAGCCUCUCAAGCGUGUUGCUGCAAGUCGAAACAAGGGCGGGGGCUUCAGUGAUGACGAAGAUGAAGAGCCCCAAGAGACUGCAUUAUACGCCGAGUUCCAGACAGACAUCUACGUCCCACCGCCGGUAGUUCAGGGAAGAAUUCCGAAGAACGCAUAUGGAAACCUCGAUGUAUAUGUGCCUAGUAUGGUUCCGUCUGGCGGAGUUCACAUUAAACGGCCGGAGGCAGUUCGAGCUGCUCGAAUCCUUGGCAUUGACUAUGCCGACGCAGUCACUGGAUUUGACUUCAGAGGCCGUCGCGGGACGGCUGUACUCGGGGGAAUUGUUAUUGCCGCCGAGUAUCAGGAGGCGCUUGAGGAAGUUUUGAGGGGUCUCGAAGAUGAGAGGCGGCAUGCUGCACUGGAGGCAAGAACUGCGGAGGUCCUGCGGUUCUGGAGGCUCUUCUUGAUGAAGCUGAGGAUCGCGGAAAGAGUCAAGGAGUAUGCUAGCGAUGAUGAAGAACCACAGCUUGAUGAAGAAAUGGGAGUUGAAGAUUAUGGUGGUGGUUCCAUUCCCGAACCAGACCAACCAGCCACAAGCCCACCUCUGAAUGCUAAGGGAAAGGGCAAAAUGGUACAUGAUCACCAUUUACCUGAGGACUACACAGAAAGAGAAAUCGAACCGUCACUGGAAGAAGAGCAUCACACUCUAGGAGGGGGAUUUAUUGCCGAUGAUCAUGAUCCAGCUCCAGACCCGGUGGAACCCCCCAAACCUACGCCUUUGCCGAUGAACCCGACAUCGAUUCCUGAGAGUAUUGCGAGGAGGAAAGCGUCGAAAAUGCCUCGUUACUCACUGGUGGUUGUCCCAAACCAUGGCUCAAACCCGACAUCUGUACCCCAAGUCCUCGCAGGAUCAUCUGACCAAGUUCCUAUCGCAGUAGAUUCAUCCACAAAUGCUGGAUCCAACUCCGCAAGUGUGGUCACUAUCUCUCGGCCACCGUCACCAGUGCCUAAUUAUGAUUCUGAUAGCGAGAUCGAGAAGGGAUCUUUGCUUUCUGAGGACCCUGAAGAUGAGGAUGCAAUUCCCGAAUGGUUGAUGUCUGAUGAGGAAUAA